CGUAGGUGAUCAGACAGAUGAACCUAGAGCCGAUCCCAGAGGGCAUUGAGGAGGAGAUGUACGAUGGCGUGGCUGUCUCUUUAAUCUGUUGAUUAUGCUUUAUUUAAUUAACUUUAAUGCUUAUUACGUUUUCAGGCAAGAUCCCAAGUUGUUUGACUUUAAAAAGGCUUCCGCAUUAUUUUAAAUUACUCCGAUGGAUUUUUAUAUGUAUUGAAAGAACAAUGAGUCAAGAAUCGACCCACGGUCAGUACGUUCCGGAGCCGGAGCACGUGAGCGUGCACACGAUGAACACCGAGGGUUCGAGUUUCACGCCUCCGGGUGACAGAGGGCAACAGCAGAAUCAACCUGAGCCAGCGGGACAGCCACCAGCUGUACCACCGCCAGUCGUGCCACCUCCAGUGAUGCCACCGUUGGCGAUACCGCCGGUGGCCUACGAGCAGAUGUUCCCGGCCAUGAUGGCCCAUUAUAUGCAGCACAUGGCGCAGCUUAUGCCCAUGUUCCAGCCACCGCCACCACCACAGCCGCAGCCGCGCAUCGUUACCUUCAAGACGUUGAAGGAUAAUGGAGCGGAAGAGUUUCGAGGAGACAAGAUGGGGGAGCCCCAGAUUGCAUUGGAUUGGCUUGAGCAGAUGGACCGGGUACUCAAGAAUUUGAGAGUCCCUGAUGCAGAUCGCUCGGAGUUGGCGUCACAGAUGUUCCGGAAGGGAGCAUAUGAUUGGUGGAAGCGCAUUGACCAGGAUCCACACACACCCAAGCCGUGGACCUGGGAUCACUUUGAUCGAGCCUUCAUGAAAGAGUACGUCCCCACCCGGUACCGCGGGGAGAGGCGCGAUGAGUUCGUUGCGCUUAAGCAGGAGGGGAUGUCACUGCCUGAACUGAGACAGAAGUUCGACUACCUUUCCCAGUAUGCGACGAGUCUGGUCUCCACUCCGGAGGAUCGUUUGAAUGAGUUCGUCAAGAAGCUACGGCCGGACUUGAGGCCGUACGCCGCGCUGAUCACGACGACAGAUUUUAAUGCGGCGUAUGAUUUGAUCGUGAAGACGGAAAAGAGAUUGGACGAUUUGCAUGCAACCAAGAAGGAGGAUCGAGCGACGAAAGACCCGCGACCCGCGGCCAGCACUGGGCCGAGCGGGAAGAGUUUUGGAUUCGGGGGAAAGAGGUACGAGAAGGGUUCUUCGAGUGCGCCGCCGCCUAAGAGGAGUAAGUCGAGGCCGUCUCCGUCGGCUGCCGCUAGCAACUCGAUCAGAACGAGGAGCCACCCGCAGUGUGUACAGUGUGGUAGGCAUCACCCGGGCGAGUGUUGGCUCGCCCAAGGCUUAUGUUUGGGCUGUGGUCAGCCAGGGCAUUUCAGGAGGCAUUGCCCGACAAACCCUAGCAGCGAGCUUGUUUUUCCUAGAGCUCCGGAUCAGCGUGCCACAUCGCAUCCAGCACGGAGUCAGCAGUCUACAGCAGCAAAUAAUCAGCAGAGAGCACGUUCGCAGCAGUCAGGCCGUGCACCAGCGCGUACCUACGCCAUGCAAGGGCGCACAGAUCCUAGUCCCGAUGUUAUCUUGGGUACGUUCAUACUAUUUGAUUCGGUUAUGCAUGCCUUGAUCGAUCCGGGUUCUACGCUCUCCUAUAUCUGUGUUGGCAUGCCUGCUAAUUCUGCGAUUGUGAGGAGUGACCUUGAGAUACCUACCGUUGUAUCGAAUCCGCUAGGACAUAGCAUGCAUCUUCAUCACAUUUAUCAUAGGUGUCCGUUGUCCGUGCAAGGGAAGCAAUUCCCUGCAGAUUUGAUAGAGCUACCACACAAGGAGUUUGACAUUAUCCUUGGUAUGGAUUGGCUCACCGAGCAUAGAGCAGUGGUCGACUGCAGUUGUCAGACCGUACGGCUGAGAGCCGAGGACGGUAGCGACGUAUCACUCUCCGGGGAGGUGCUCCCCAAGGCUCCCGAGUUCAUAUCGUCCUUGAGCGCGAGGCGCUUGAUUCGCAAGAAGUGCGAGAUGUUCCUGUGUCACGUUCAGGAUAUGCGAAAAGAAUCACCACGUCAAUAGGACAUUCGUACGGUUUGCGACUUCCCCGAUGUCUUUCCCAAAGACCUACCUGGUUU